CUCUUUGGCUCGGGCGGUGCGUCUUGCGAGGCGGAGAGCAUCCGGACCGGCUCGGAGAGAGAGAGUGUGUGUGAGUCGUGUGCGGGGAUGGCAGCGCUUAACGGAGCCCUGGAGAACGGGCAGACGGAGAAGAAGGCUGCUGGGCCCCUCCCUCACCCGAUCAGGAACUUGGAGGUCCAGUUUACCAAGAUAUUUAUUAACAAUGAAUGGCACGAAUCGAAAAGUGGGAAAAAAUUCCCUACGUUUAACCCCUCGACAGCUGAGAAGAUCUGUGAAAUUGAAGAAGGUGACAAGCCCGAUAUCGAUAAAGCGGUUGAAGCAGCAAAAACAGCUUUCCAAAGUGGAUCUGUCUGGAGACAAAUGGAUGCGGCCAGUCGCGGAAGACUUCUAAAUAAAUUGGCCGACCUGAUUGAGCGAGACAGAGAGGUGUUGGCGACCCUGGAAACUUUGGACACUGGGAAACCGUUCCUCCAAGCGUUCUUUGUUGACCUUGAAGGUUGCAUAAAAACCCUGAGAUACUAUGCUGGAUGGGCAGAUAAAAUCCAAGGCAAGAAUAUCCCCGUGGAUGAAAACUUCGUCUGUUUCACCAGGCAUGAGCCAGUGGGGGUUUGUGGAGCCAUAACACCAUGGAAUUUUCCUUUGCUGAUGCUGAUCUGGAAGAUGGCCCCAGCUUUGUGUUGCGGCAACACCUUAGUUGUGAAACCUGCUGAGCAGACACCCCUCACCUCCCUCCACCUGGGCUCUUUAGUCAAGGAGGCAGGAUUCCCUCCAGGGGUGCUGAACAUUGUGCCUGGAUAUGGGCCUACAGCAGGAGCUGCUCUUUCCAUGCAUCCCAAAGUUGACAAAAUAGCAUUCACAGGCUCAACAGAGGUUGGAAAGCUGAUCAAAGAAGCCGCUUCGAAAAGCAAUCUCAAAAGAGUGACUCUGGAGCUGGGCGGGAAAAAUCCUUGCAUUGUCUGCGCAGAUGCUGACUUGGACUUAGCUGUGGAUUGCGCCCACCAGGGUGUCUUCUUCAACCAAGGUCAAUGCUGCACAGCGGCUUCACGUGUUUUUGUGGAAGAGCAGAUAUACCCAGAAUUUGUCAAACGCAGCGUGGAAUAUGCAAAGAAGCGACUCGUGGGAGACCCGUUUGAUUUCCAAACAGAGCAGGGACCACAGAUCGAUCAGCAGCAGUUUGACAAGAUCUUGGACCUGAUCGAAAGCGGGAAGAAAGAAGGUGCCAAGUUGGAAUGUGGCGGUUUAGCGAUGGGCGAUUGUGGUCUGUUCAUCAAACCCACCAUUUUUUCAGAAGUCACAGACAAUAUGCGAAUUGCCAAAGAGGAGAUUUUUGGACCUGUGCAGCCCAUCACAAAGUUUAAAAGCCUACAAGAAGUCAUACAGAGAGCCAAUAAUACAGAAUAUGGACUCACAGCAGCGGUGUUUACGAAGAACUUGGAUAGAGCUUUGACAUUAGCUUCAGCACUACAAUCUGGCACUGUCUGGAUCAAUUGCUACAACUCCUUCUUUGCACAAGCUCCCUUCGGUGGUUUUAAAAUGUCAGGAAACGGCAGAGAAUUAGGAGAAUAUGCUCUCUCAGAAUACACCGAAGUGAAGACGGUCACCAUUAAACUGUCCCAGAAGACCUGUUGAGCUAUGGAUGCACGGAGGCUAAAAGUUCUGACACUCUGAAUGUUGACACAUAACACGGAUGGAGGGGCACCUGCCAGAAUUGAAAAGGGGGAAAUUGGAAAUUUCCCUUCCUUUAAAGAAAGGAAACCAAACGAUCUCCCCCCACCCCACCAAGAUGGUUUUGUUGAUCUGCUCCUUCGCAUUCAAAAUUAAUUAACUGGGUUUUUUUUCAAAACAGAUUUGGUUCAAUCAGCUGCAAGAUCUUUCCAGCAGUCUGGUGAUCUUCCAGAGGAGUUAGGACUUGAUUUCCCAUAGAUCCUAGUCCUUUGGUGGUUGUGCUAGGAACUCUGGGAACUGAGGCCCAGAACAUCUGGAAGAAUCAGACGAAGAAUGAAAGACCAUCGUGAAAGUAUUUUCAGGUAGCCAAACUCCAGUCCAUCCAAAGAGAUACUGAGGUUAGGGAACGGAUUUGCAAAUGGAGUCCUGAAGCCGUUCAACAUUUUUUAUAUUUUUUCACUUAGGACUGUUUUCCAAAUUUCUCAGAAAAUACUUUCAUCGAGAGUGUUGAAGGCUAGAUGAAGGCAGUUUCUCCUUGCAAUUCCCCCCCCCUUGUCUCUUAGUCUUUGUUCACAUGAAUUAGGGUUGCAUUUUUUGUAAUUUAGCUAUUCAUCUCUGUUUUGAGGGGUUUCAGGCAAAUAUUUCACUAUUGGCAAAUAGUAAUACAAAUGAGGAAGGAUUCUAGAUGCUCUUGUGAGUUUCUUGUCCAUUAACUUUCCCCAAGUACUUGCACAGACAUAUGUUUUUUUUUCCCUUCUGGAUGUUGUACAAAAGCAUUAUAAGACAGCUACAGUAAUUGCCUCUCUUGUAUGCAUUUAAUGAUCACUGUCUACAGUGCAAUCUGGAAUCAUUGGUUUAUUUUUCUAGAGACUCUUUUUGAAAUAAAUAUACUCCUCGUUGUGAUUUCAAGCUUUUUCAAUGUCUUGUAAUUAUUGACGGUAACCGUAUUUUAUUAUGGUUUUGUACACACUGAAUUUUUCUUUUCUUUUCUUUUUUUCACUUUGGAAAUUAAAAUCUUAGGCACUAUUGUAAAGUACAACCUUGUAGAGUCUUUAUAUUAUUUCAUUGCAUGUUAGUGCUGUCUUUUGGU